GCUCAUUUGCGCAAACGCGGAGCGGCCGCGCGAUCAACUGGGCGGCAGUCUUCAACACCACGCGAUUGACGGCAGGGGUUCUUAGAGUACCCUACAAGGAGCUACACGCGAGCAUGAACGGCAGCGAAAUCGUCGCCACCACGGGCGAUCAGCAGGCCACCGGCUGGGCCAACCUCGUCGUGUACAA